UUUGACAAGUCAGUUCAGUUCUCGAGUCCUUUGACCAAGGAGUGGUCCAAUCAUUUCUAUCUGCGACAGUAGAAGCUUGUGAUUUGUAGGAAAAAAGUAUUUCGAUUUAGUGUCACCAUUAUUUGGAUCCGAAUAAUAAUAACUAAACGAAAAUGAAGGCUUUUGUGGUCACAUUGAUGACCGUGGCGUUAGUGGCCAUCGUCCGUGGUGAAAAAGUAGCCGACGCUUCUGAAGUCCUCGUGGCUGCGGAAAGCAGCAAUGUCGCCGUUCCCACCGCCGCCGUUGCGGAUUCUGCCACUGCUGCCUCCGAAACUUCCGACUCUGCCAAAGCCAACGCUUCCUCCGCCUUUGAAGACCAAGCCACCGCUGCCGGACAUCACUUUGGGUACGGACACGGUCACGGAUUCGGAGGACUGGGAGGUGGUCAUGAAGGAGGCGUUUAUGGAGGUGGGAUUGAACACGGUCAGGAAGGCUGGGGACAUGGCGGAGGUCAUGAGGGCGGUGGUGGUUACGGUCAUGGUGGUGGACAUGGCGGAGGUCAUGGAGGAUGGGGCUGGGUCAAGGAACAAAACUACCCACCCGUCCAUGUUCAUGGUAAAGGACACCAAACUUUCUCCAACGGACCAAAGUUCGAGAAGGACUAUCAUUACCACAAACACGGAUGGAAACAACAUCAAAAACACGAGACCGUGUUGCACAAUCAUCACAAACACGUCACCCUUAACCACCACCACACCGAAUUGCAAAAGGUGCUUCAUCGUCACCACUACCAUCAACAUCUUACCCACCAACACCACCUUCACCGACAACACAUCCAUAACCACAAUCUUCACAAACAUCACAUUCACCACCAGAAGCUGGUGAAGGAGCAUGUCCACCAGCCGAUUUAUCACAAAGGAGAGAAGCACACCCACUCCGUGUCUGAAUCCCACAAGAACAAGUUCCACGUUCAGGAAUUCCAAAAACACACCCACCCACAGAAGCAGGAGUACCAGAAGUGGCUUCACCCCAUCCACGCCGGUUGGGGACACGGAGGUGGCCACUAAGGUGUUCGCCGACGUGCUAGUUCUGAUUAAGAGUAAAAAGAUUGCCUUUCCCCACAAACACAACAACACGAAUAAAUCAAGAUAUCAAGAUGGAGCUUUAUUAUUCCCUUCUAAUUUCGUCUCUGAAACGACAAUCCUACAACUACAAAUAUUUGCUUUAUUGAUGAUGAUCUACCCUGUAAGACAAGUGCAAAUCGACAAGAGUUGCAUCAAAUGCUAGUCAGUCUGAAACGGUAUUAUUUUCGCACAGAAAAAUUUACUAUUUACUACAAGCAUAAAUACUUCUUAAUCAUGCUUUUAUAAAUUUUGGAUUAGUUUUCUCAUCUUUUUCUUGACAAGUUUCUCAAUUGUGCUCAAUUCUUGUUAUGAACUAUAUCAACUAUCCCACGUUGCUAGCAGUAUUGACUUCUUAAUUGCUUUAUAUUGAAUUUACAUGCUUUUUUAAUAAAAGAAUCAUUUCUUAAUAAAAGAAAAAUCUUUUCGUUAACGGAAAAACAUAUGCAUACAAGUUUGGAAUCUCACAAGAAUAAGUUCCAUAUUCAGGAAUUCCAAAAGUAAUACAUCAUAAAUUUAAAUGAAAAUAAA